AUGGUAUGCAUUGUUCCUUAUAUUCAAAUCAGCAUUGAUUCUCCUGGUAACAGUUACAACACUGAUGGAAUUGACAUUUUUGCUUCAAAUCAUAUCUUGAUUGAAGAUUCCACCAUACGAUGUGGUGAUGACUACAUAGCCAUCAACGAUGGCUCCUCUUACAUCAAUGCUACUCAAAUUGCUUGUGGACCAGGCCAUGGAAUAAGCUUCACCAACACUACAAAUGGAGCAAGAAUCAAGACAGCACCAGGUGGAUCAGGUUAUGCACGACACAUAACUUUUGAGGACAUCAGAUUAAUGCACGUUAUGAACCCAAUUAUUAUAGACCAGACCUACGGCAGUAAAAUUUCGAAGUUACAUCCGCUGCGGGUGGAUAUCAGUGUUGGAAGGGGUGGUGGUGGGGUGUCAAUGGUUGCGUGGCCACUGUACGCAGAGCAGCACGUGAAUAGGGAGGUGAUGGUGGGAGAGAUGAAGGUGGUUGUUGGCGUGAAUCAGAGGGUAGGAGAUGGGUUUGUGAGUGCAGAGGAGAACAGAAAAGUGAGGAAGAAGAACAGAAAAAGCUGGAACAUUGCAGGAAAUGCAGAGGAGAGAGAAGAAAAAAAGCAGAUUCGUCAGCUGGAGUUAACUCUGUUUAUGUGA